UUAAUCUAAAAGCCAACUCAGCCAACCCAUUUGAACAAAUGUGCUAAGUUUUGUCACUAUACAUCAUCUACCUGUCUUCUCAAUGACUUCAAAUCUUUUUUAUAUGUCAAGUGAUCAUAUAUCACAUAUAUAUGGUUUUAUAUGUCUCUAAUGAUCUGGGUGAUUCAGAAUUAGUACGCUCAGUAGGUUUCUUGCAGAGAAAACAACUAUUCAAACCCUAAACCUCCAAAUAAUUGCUUCCCUGCAUGAAAGAUGGAAACUGGAGUUGUCAACAUCCAAGAACCAGUCUCCACGAAGACAAAUGUUGGAGAAGCUCCUGCAGGAGUGAUACUUGACAACUCAUCCAUGGAAGUACAAAAGGUAAACCUGAGUACUAUUCUUGAUGAUGAGAUCACAAGUGGUGAUAGCAGAAACAGUAUUAUUCCAGGAGAGACAGAUGUUUCAGAUAUUGUAAAUGGUUCAGGGAAUAUAGAAACCGAAGAAUUAAAACACGAAAAAGGAGAAGCGACGAAGACUAGUUCGGUUGUAGAAGACAGUAAGAUCGUUAGUGAGACAGAAAAGGAUGAACACGGCUCUAUCUUUGUUCAUAAACCUGAAAGUUUGAACAAAGACAUAGAAGAUGCCAAGACAAUCUCAAGUGAUGUGACCUUAGAGAAGGAGAAAGAAACCGGAAAACCAGAAGAGGUAAGUGUCCAAAAACCGGUAAUAGAAGAAGAUCAUACAGAAACAAAAGACUUACCAAAACAAGAGGAUGAAAUUGGUAGUAUCUCUAAGGCCAGUGAAGAGAUACCUAUAAAGACUGAUGAAGUAAAAGAGGAAAAGGAUUCAAGAGAUUUGGAGACCACUGUAAAUGGAAGAGAGGCUGAGCACAAUGCAACGGUCUCAGUAGAAGAAAUAUCGAGAAAUGGUGACAACAUUGUCAAUGAAACAGUUCCAGAAAAAGAAACCGCAACAGUGAUUGAAACUACAGAAAGAGUUAUUCCUGAACUGGAAAAAGAAGAAGAGACGAAAAUAGUUGAAGAACCGAGGCUGGAUGCGAUGGAGAAAGUGGAAACAGAGAUUGUAAAGACAGUUAUAGAAGACCCUGAGAUUGUUUAUAAAGAAGAAACUGCAGUUCUUGAACCUGUAAGCUUGAAGGAAAUUGCAGAACCAGUGGAAUCAAUCAAAACCUCAGAUGAUGCAGAGAAAAUCUCAAGUGAAGUGACUGUAGACAAAGGAAAAGAAGAGGACAUAAUCCAAAACACAGAAGAGGUGCAAGAAAGUCCUAGGGUAAUCGAAACACCAACAAUACAAGGCGAGGACAUCGAAUCAAAAGCUUCAUUAGACCAUGAGGUCAAAUCAAAGGAGAUAGUUCCAGAAAAAGAAACUGCAAUAGAUGGUGAAUCAUUACAUGAAACUGAAACUACAAAAAGAGUUCUUCCUGAAGCAGAAAAAGAAGAAGACAAGGAAGAGAUGAAAACUGCCGAUGAACCGAGCCUGAAUGUGAUAGAGGAAGUGGAAACAGCGAAUGUAAAGACAGUUACAGAUGACCCUGAGAUUGUAAAUAAUGAAGAAACUACAGUUCAUGAUACUAAAAGCUUGAAGGAGAAUGCAGAACCAGUAGAAGCGAUAAAAAGCUCAGAAGAAAUAACCCAAAACACAGAAGAGAUUCAAGUUAAUCCUAGCUUAAUUGGAACGUCGAAAAUACAAGGAGAGGACAAUGAAUCAAAAGUCUCACUUAAUACUAAGGAAGAGGUAGAUCAUAGCUCAAAUGAGACAGAGGAACAUGAACAUAUGUUGGGGAGAGACUUACCACAGUGUGAGACCCUUGAAGUUGAGGCUGUAGAGUCAAAAGAAGAAAGAAAACCGAGUCUGGACCUGAAAGAGGAUAAAGAAAAAGAGGAAACAGAGACAGUCAAGACCGUCAUUUCGUCUAAUGAGGUAAGUUCUUCUACUGUUCAAGAAGAAUUUGGUGAACAUACUGAACCUGGUAGCUCGGAGAUCAAAGAUGAGAGCCAUGGAAGAGAAGAAUCUGUAGAGGUCAAAUCUAAAGAGACCGUUCAAGACGAAAACACUGCAGAGAAGCAUAAGGAUCUUCUUGAUGUAUCACCUACAGAAACAGAGAAGUAUCAAGAAAACGAACCCGAGACAACUAUAGUCGCUGAUACAAAAAGCCAUGAGAAAUUUGAAGAAAGUCCAUCAGAUCUUGCGUUAAAUGUAGAUAAAGAGGAGCAAAACGAUGAGAAGAUAAAGGUAGAUCAAUUUGAUGGAACUCAAGUUAUGGAGGAACAGAGAGGCCUAGACUCUAACGGGGUAGAGGCAGAUCGAAACGGAACUGAUGAAACAGAGGAAUGCUCAGUUGCAAAGCAGGUUUCUCUUCCGGAUGUGGAACCAGUUGAGCAGAUGCAGAAGUCAUCACUUGAUUCUCCUUCUCAAGUAUCGGAAGAAACCGUGGAUGCAAAGAUUGAUGAAAAACCAGAAGAAGAAAAAGGAAAACUGCAUCAAGAAGAUCAAGAGGAAGGUUCCUAUGGAUUAGAUACAAAAAGAGAGACAGUUUCAGUACCAGAGAGUAUUGAGAUUGGAGAAAAAUCUCUGGAAGAAAGGAAUGUGAUUGAUCUGACUCCUCUUCAAGAAGAAUCAUCCCAAACAAAUGAGAAAAAAGAAGAAACAAAGUUAGAGAAGCAUGAACUAACAAAUGAAGAAUUUAAAUCUGAUGAAGUCAUAGAAGUUUCAUCUACAUUACUUCCAAAGGAACUGGAAGGUGAGACCGUUGUUGAAGCUGAGAAGAUUGAAAACAACAAAGAGAAUGAGGAAGAAGCAGCAGCAGUAGACAAUCUUGAAUCUCAUAAUUCAUUGCCAUCUUCUUCAGAGGAGCAAGAACAUGGGACUGUUUCUGAGAAGAUAGAAGACGAAAAAGUGGAGGAAGAACCGAUGGUCCAAAUAAAAAGUCAUGAGAGACAAGAGGAGGUUUCUAAGGCUGUAGAGGAGCAGACAAUAGAUAUGGAACCUUCUUUGACUGAAAAAUGCUCUAGGGAUCAGAAUCAGCCGGAGGAACAAGUCAAAGAGGCAUGCUCCAGAGAUGAACAAGAAAAGGAAAUCUCGAGUAACAGUGAGACCAUUGUGAAUGAAACAUAUGAUUUGCAUAGCGCAGAAGCUGAAGAAGAAGAAACUGCAACAAAUGGUGAAUCAUUACAUGAUCUUGAAACUACCAGAAGAGUUCUUCUUGAAGUGGAAAAAGAAGAGGAAGAGGCAGAGACAAAGACAGAUGCAGAACCGAUGUUGGAUGUGACAGAGAAAAAGGAAUUAGAGACUGCAAAGACAGUUGUAGAAGACAUUGAGAUCGUCAAUAAUGAGGAAGCUACAUCGCAUGAAUCUGAAACCUUGAAAGGAGAUGAUCAUCAGGGUGAGAAUGCAGAAUCACUGGAAGCAAUCAAAAACUCAGACGGUGCGGAGAAACUCUCAAGAGAAGUGACUGGAGAUAGAGAAAAGGACCAGGACAUAACCCAAAAGGCAGAAGAGGUACAAGAACGUCCUAGGGUAAUCGAAAUACCGACAAUACAAGGAGAGGAAAAUGAAUUUGAAUCCUCGCUAGAACUCAAGGAAGAGGUAUAUCAAAGCUCAAAGGAUACAGAGCAACAUCAACAUGUGUCGGAGAGAGACAUACCACAAUGUGAGACCCUUGAAGCUGAGGCUGCACAUACUUCAACAGUCCAAGAAGCUGCGAUCUUAAAUACUUUGGAGACCAAUAUUAGUGAAUCAGAGGCAGUGCAUAGUGAAAUGGGUGGAGCAGAAGAAGGCCAAGAGAAAAAGGUAGACACAGAAACGAGUCUGGACCUGAAAGUGGAUAUAGAACAAAAGGAAGCAGAGACAGUAAAGACUGUCAUUUUUUCUGAUGAGGUGAAAUCUUCUGAUCAAGCAGAAGAACAUACUAAACCUUAUACCUUAGAGAUCAAAACUGAAAGCCAGGGAAGAGAAGAAUCUGUUGAGAUAAAAUCUAAGGAUACUGUUCAAGACGAAAGCAGUGAGGAGAAGGAUGUGAAUCUGCCUGAUGUACGAUCUGGAGAAUCAGAGAAGUAUAAAGAAAACGAACCUGUUACAUCUCUAGUCUCGAAGACCGAAAGCGUGGAUAAAUUUGAGGAAAUUCCAUCUUCUGUGGAAGGUGCUGGAUUAAAUGAGAGCGCACACAACCAAACUCUUGUGGACGUAGAAUCAAUUGAGAAAGUUCAGAACCCAUCUCUUGAGACUCCUCAUGAACUAUCUGAGCAAACAAGCGAAACCGUAGAUGAGGUAACAUUGCAUCAAGAAGGUCAAGAGGAAGGUUAUAAUGGCGUAGAGACAAAAGAAGAGACAGUUUCAGUACCAGAAAGUAGGCAGCUUGGAGAAAAAGCCCAGGAAGAAGAAUCAUGCCUGCAAAACGAGCAAAAGAAAGAAGUAAAGUUGCAGGAAGAACAAAUGUACAAGCAUGAACCAACAAAGGAAGAAGUUUCUAGUGACCAGCAGAGUCCUGUGGAAGAAAAAUCUGAUGACGUUAUACAAGUUUCAUCUGCUUCACCUUCAGAGGGUCCAGAAGAUGAGACCGUUGUUAAAGCUGAAAAGAUUGGGGAAGAACAAGUAGCAGACAAGAUGACCGUUGAAACAAGUUCAUUGCUAUCAUCUUCGGAGGAGCAAGAACAUGCGGCUGUUCCCGAGAAGACAGACGGUGAAGAAGUGAAGGAGGCAGAACCAAUAGGAGAUAUGAGGGAGAAAGGUCUUGAAAUUGCUGAAACUACACAUCUGAGUCUUCCAACCAUUGAUCAGAAAGAGGAUGUCAAAGCUUUUGAUGAGGAAAUAAUUCAGAUUCCAACUGCUACAUUGCCAUUGGAAGAUCAGGAAAAGGUUACUUCAACAGAAAAAGGAGAAACAAAAGCAAAUGAAACUGAAGAUGAUAAACCGGAUGAACAUGUCGCGUCUUCAACCUUGCCAAUGUUCUCAGAGAAACAUGAUGAUGAAACUCAGAUUGCAGAGGCAGAGAAAAGAGAUGAAGAGAUAACAGUGGGAACCUCAAAGACAUCUGAAAAUGUAUGCAUCCAACAAGAUGAGUUUGAGAAGCCUGAAGCUACAAAGCUAGAGGAGUUAAAAGAAGACAAGAGCCAAGAAAUUGCAGAGACAAUCAAAGAAAUUGAAGAUACGAGUGAUCAGACUCUUCCCUCACAGGCAGACAAUACUCCGUCCUCUGAGUUAGUGUCAGAACAGGAAGACCAAACUCCAAAGCAGUUUAAGGAUAUUUAUGAGGAAGAACACAAGGUAGAAGCUAUGGAUUAUCAAAAUCUUCCGGUUGAAACAUUACAUGCAUAUCAGACUCAGUCCGCUGAUUUAAUCUCAGCACUAAAUGACCAGACUCCAAAGCAUAUUGGAGAAACUCAUGAAGAAGAAACAAAGGAAGAACACAAGUUACAGGCUGAAGAAAUCCUUCCUACCGAAACAUUACAGGUCUAUCAGACUCAGUCCGCUGAUUUAAUCUCAGCUCUAAAUGACCAGACUCCAAAGCAUGUUGAAGAAACUCAUGAAGAAGAAACAAAGGAAGAACACAAGUUACAGGCUUACGGAAUCCUUCCUACCGAAACUAUUCCAAGAGAAUCAUCUGAUGACGCUCUAGUUUCCAUGUUGGCUUCUAAGGACACACAAGAGGAACAACCUGUUUCUGUGGAAAGAGCAGAGAGUGUAGGAGAAACAAAACCAAAAGAACCUGAAGAUGAAAUACGGGAUGAACAUGUCGAGACUCCGUCAAUAAUCUUGGAGAAAAACGAUAACGAGACACUAAUUGCAGAGGCAAAGAAAGGAGAUGAAGACAUAGAUGAAACAGAAAAUAUGUCCCUCAAACAAGAAGACUUUGGGAACCCUGAAGCUCCAAAGCUAGAGGAGUCAAAAGAACAGAAGUUCCAAGAAAUCCCUGAGACCGACAAAGCAAUAGAUGCUACGGGUGAUCAGAGUCUACCAUUUGAGACAUCACAAGAAUAUAAGACUUCAUCUUCUGAUUUAGCUUUAAAGCAGGUUGAGGAGGUUCAUGAAGAAGAAACAAAGGAAGAACAGAAGUUACAAGUUGCGGUCGAUCAGAUUCUUCUAGUUGAAACAUCACAAGCAGAUCAGAUUCCAUCCUUAGCUUCAGAACAAGAUGACCAGAUUCCAAAGCAUAUUGAGGAAAUUCUUGAAGAAGAAACAAAGGAAGCACGAAAGGUACAAGCAGACGAUAUUCUCUCUACCAAAACUGUAGAAUCAUUCAGUGAAUCUCCACUUUCCAUGUUGGCUUCUGGGGAAGACGAACCAGUGACUCCACAAGAAGGUAAUUGUGCUGGUGACACACUUGAGGAGAAGGUAGGAGAAACAAAGCCAAAAGAAUCAGAAGCAGAAGGAACAGAAAAAUCAGAUGAUCUGGUUGAGACUUCAACUAAACUCACUAAGGUAGAAGAUGCUGCAAGUACAAAGAAAACAGAUGUUGAAGUGGCAGAGUUAACAAAUGAUUAUCCUACAGAGGAGGCAGAGAAUGGAGAUGAGGCUUAUUCAACUCUUCCAGUUGUUGGAAUCUUGACAGAACUCCAAAAUACAUUGGAGACAGAGAGAACCAUCAAUGAUUCUGCAUCAAAGGGAGACAACAUGACAAAAGAGCCUGCUGGCGUUGAAUCAAAUGAAAAAGACUCUGCUACUGGGAUCAUAGAAGCCAACAAGUUACAACAAGAUGAAAGUGGAGAAAGUGAAAAAAUCCAGGAAGAAAACGGUCUUCCAGAGGAAUCUCUUCCAAUAGAAGAAGUCAAUUUGCAAGAGGAACAUAAAGAAGAGGUAAAGGUACAAGAUAGAAUCAGCAGAGAUUUUGAAGUCAACAACGAAGAGAAAUUACAAGAAGGAACUAGGGAGGUUGCAGAGUAUAAGGAAGAAAUUCCAUCUGAACAGUCAAUAACAGAAUUACCUGGUGAGAAAAGUCUGAUUUCAUCUUCUGUGUUGCCUUCUGAGGAACCAGAGGAUGUGAUUUCUCCUGAAAAGCAAGAAGAAUGCGAGCCACAAGAAGAUAUCAACGCUUCAAAAUCAGAGAAGAUAAGUGUACAAGAAGAGCAGAAGGACGAGACUCAUGAAACUGUUGAAGAAGAAGAUCAAGUUGUGGAUAUUAAAGAUGAAAAGAAGGAUGACGAGGAACAAGAAAUUGUUUCAUCAGAAGUGAAUAGGGAUAAAGAAGAUGCCAGUGAGCUUGGCGUUGGUAAUGAUUUUGUUUCGCGGGAUGUAGAAAAAGAGGAAGUACCUCACGGUGUCCUGGAGAAUGAAGAAGAGAUCAACGAGGUAGUCAAAUCAGAGAAGCAAAUUACAGAUCCAGUGGGUAUCAUAACGAAAGAUAGUGAAGCUGAGCCUGAAUCAAAUCAAGAACCUGUUGAAACUCAAGCAAUAUCAGAUGAUACAAAGAGAAACGAUAAUAGGGAUUUGUCAACAGAAGAAGCACAAAAGGUGCAAAGAGAAGAGGUUAGUGCUGAUAAAUAUCUCACAAAAGAAGUACUAAGUGAGCAACUUCAGGUUCCGUCCUCAACAGCACUAGAUGAUCUCAAAGAUAACAAUACCUCUGAAGCUGACUGCGAUCUUUCAGUACAGAAAUCAAGUGAACUCAUUCAGUCUCAUCAAUCUCACAAUCUGCCACUAGAAGAGAACGUUGAAGAAGCUUCAUUUGGAGUCAAGAAUGCACAAGAUGAAGAAAAUGGUAAUGCUUUGAUAACAAACGAAAACUUGCAAGUGCAAGAACAGCCCAAGGAUUUUGAAGCUCCUGCAAUAGAGAAAGAGAUAUCAGAACAAGAGCUGAAGUCGAACGAUCCCACACAUGUACAGGAAGAUAUUGGUACAGACGUUAAACCGGAAAUUCAUGAUGAGGAAAUAAGAGCUGAUAGCCAUGAUUCAGUUGUGAUGCCAAAGGAAGAAACUGGCUUAUUAGAGGAGAAGAGGGAGGUUGAACAUGUGAAGACAGAGCCCGAAGAUGCAAUCAAACAUGAAGUUGCCGUGGAAGAGAAGAACAAAACGUCUGAAAAUAUUGAUCGUCAAACUGCAAAAGAGAACUAUCAACAGGAGAGUAAACCAACAUAUACCAUCAAAGAAGAUAUCAGAAAAGAAGAGAAGGAAUCAGAUCAAGAAAGUUUCGAAAAUGUGAAGAAAACCGAUGAUGCAAUAGAAAAAAUACAACCCGAGAUUCAAGAUAUCGAAAGCUUGUCUUCUGUCAGCAAAACACAAGACAACGCAGAGCAAAAAGAUGAAGUUCCAAACCAACAGGAAAUGGAAAUACCUGAUGAAGUUCCAAACCAACAGGAAAGGGAAAUAGCUGAUGAAGUUCCAAACCAACAGAAAAGGGAAAUAGCUGAUGAAGUUCCAAAGCUGGAGAAUCAAAAGAUUUCAGAAGAAGUUCAGCAAAAAGAUGGAGAACCAGAGAACACCAAAGAUUUGUUUUCAGAAGUAAAAGAAACUGAACCAACGUUGAAAGAACCGGCAAGGAAAUCGCUAUCAGACCUCAUCCAAAAAGUGAAAGGAACAAAUAAGACUGAAGAUGUAACAACAGAACCUCAUAUCGAAGAAGAGCCUAAAACAGUAGAAGAAGAUGAGAAUGACAAUGGAGAUCACGAACAUGAUAAAGAUGAUAAAACAAGUCCAGAUUCUAUAGUGAUGGUUGAAGCUAAAGAUACAGUAAGCAUUAUCAAGACUCAUAAGAAAUCACAAGGCAUUCUCUCUGGUGUUGGUUCAAAGGUAAAGCAUUCAAUUUCCAAGGUUAAGAAAGUACUCACUGGCAAAUCUUCUCACACAACAAAGCCUUCAUCACCUAAAUGAGUGAAGAAACAAGAAAAACACACAAUCAGUCUCCUCUACAAAGGCUUUUAUUUUUGGGUUUGUUCAUUAUUUUGAUUGGUUUUUUUCUUCUUAUGUGAAUAUUACAGAUUUGUUUGUGGGUUUCAUCAUUUUCACAAUGUUCAAUAAACUGCAGAAUGAAUUGGUUUGGUUA